AUGCUCUAUCCACCAAGCCAAACCGGUUUCGGCCUCCUCUAGUCUUUACAACACUCCGUGGGAGGAAGUUAAUUGCCUCCAUUUACAGCUGAAGAGCGGGGAUCAGAACCCACAUCCGCGGCCCGAGGCUAAACCUGCGGGACGGGCGGAGCGGGGCUCGGAGCAAACCCUGCCCGGUCUGCACUGGCCUCUGGCCUGCGCAGCUCGGCCGCGCUGAGGCAGUGCGCACGCGCGCCGGCGCCUCCUCCCAGGCGUGCGGACUACAACCCCCAGGAUGCACCGGGCACGGCGACCUCGCAGAGCCCUUUUCAAACCGGCCAAUGGCUGCGCGCGGCGCUCCCACCGCGCCGCGUUUAAAUCCGGGCGGAGGCGUGUGUUUCGGGGCGUCGCAGCGGAUACAGACAGCCUUGCUGGUAGCUCCGGGCAUGGAAGGAGGCAGAGGCAGAGGCGGCAGUGACGGGCUACCAGCCGGCCAGGCCGGAGGAGCGGAGACGGAGGCUCCCAGGAAGGAGGGCGUCCUCCUCCUGGCCGACGAGAUGUUCGACUUCGACCUCUCGCUGUCGUCUCUCAGCGCCAGCGAGGACGACGAGGUGCUCUCCGGGCCCGCCCCCGGGGGCCCCCGCUGGAGCCCGCUGGCCGGGGAGGCGUUCGUGGAGGUGUGCCGGGAGGCGCGCCUGCUGGCCCUGCGGAUCGGGAGCCGCGGCCGGAGCGCGCCCGCGCCGGGGCCCGAGGCAGGGGGCCGGGGCGGGGAGCGCUUCAUCCAGGAGUCCCGGCUGAAGACGCUCCUGUUGGAGACGGAGAGCGGGACCAGGAAGAGCCCCGGCUCGCUGAAGAGGGAGACCUACUGCCUGACGGACAGCCCCGCGGCCGCGGGCCCCCCGCCCUCCCCACGGCCGGCUCUGCCCGCGGAGCCCAGCCCCGCGCCCCCUCCGCGCCCCGCCGUCCCUCAGAGGAAGGGCCUCAGCAGGCUGCCGCCGCCCCGCGCCGCCUCUGCCCGGGGAAGGGGCCUGCACGCCGCGGAGAAGCCUCCGAAAGAGAAGCCAGCCAGUCCUUCCAGGGUGAAAGCCCCAGGCGAGCAGGAACCCCACGGGGACAGGCCCCCCAACAAGGCCAGGGCGGCCCGGGACGCCCCCACCCUGCCAGCCAGCGGCAGCCACUUGGUCCAGGGCAAGCGAUCGCUCCCUGCUCCCAGCAAGCUGGGGCUGAAGAAGACGCAGCUGAGGCCGCCGGGCUGCGCCGUGGCCCCCGCACGCCAGCCCUGCGCCCGGGGGUCCGUGUCCGGCCUGAGCGCCCGCCCCUGCGCCUCUGCGGCCGCCGGCAGAGCCAGACCCAGCGUCCCCGCAGACCGUGCCCGGCCUCCAGCCCCCGGCCAGCCGGGCCGCGCCGGAGCCCCCGCCGCCCGGGCGCCCCCCCAGCCGCAGACGCCGGAGCCGGGCGGCGGGAGGCCGAGCCCCCGGCCCAGUCUGUCCAGCUCGCAGCUGCGCGGCCCCGGGAGCGCCCGGCGGGGCUCCCUGCUGAUGUCCCAGACGAAGGCCCCGCCCACCCCGCCCAGCCAGUUCAGAGUCCCCGCGUUCCCCGCUGGCGACAGCGCGACGCCCAGGCCCGCCGGGGCAUGGAGGCCGCAGUCCUGCUCGUCGGCGGGGAGGGGGGCCCCCAGCACUCCUGCUCGGCACCCCGCGGGGCCGGCCGCCAGGACCCCCGCCAGCACCGCACGCGCGUCCGGCCUGCCCACGCCUGCCAGCCGCCGGCUCUCUAGCCUCCCGCUGCUGACCCCUAACACCGGGCCCAGGACCCGGGCUUCUCCCCUGUGCCUGUCCGCGCGGCCCCUGCCGUCGGAGCCCCCGCGGACGUCAGAGAGAGUGGCGCCCAGGAGCGGGGGCGGCCAGGCCGUGGCCCCCGGCUCCGACGAGUCCUCGGACGGGAGUCUUUCCCCGGCUGUGCCGCAGGCGCUCCGCUUUUCCCCAGAGAAGAGCGAGGCCCCGGUUCCAGAAAGUGCCACCACAGAAAUAGCGCUGGACGCGGCCCGGCCCCCCGAGGAGGCGGCCCCCCGAGAGGCUGUCCUCGUGGACGUCCUGCUGGACGUGAGCGUCACUCCAAGCACCAGGUGCCCCCUCGGCGACCCCCCUCUCAUCGACGCCCCUCUCAUCGACCUGGGCGCCACCCCAGAGGCACCCGUGGCUCUGGGACCUGGAAGCCGGCCUCUGCUCGACCUCCUGGUGAACACCCCGGACACGGACAGGAAACCCGCGGCCAGGCCGCCCCCCGGGGUGGGACAGCUCAUCGACCUGUGCUCCCCGCUGAUCCAGCUGAGCCCGGAGGCCGACAAGGAGAACGUGGACUCGCCGCUCCUCAAGUUCUGAGCCGAGCCGCCCCACCCGUGCCCGCGGCGCCCACACCGUCCUAGUGGCGCCAGCCCUCCGGCCUGCCCCGUUGUAGAAAUUACACGGAGGAAAGUUCCAAACCUCUGGGAAUCCCGGGGCCGGGCUGCCCUCACUGCCGCCACUCGGUGAGCUGUCCAGUCAAAAAUCCACGUGAACUUUUUGAGUCUUUUUUUAAUGUAAAAUAGCAAAUGACUAUUUUAUGAACUAAGUGUGCAUAAAAGUAAAGUAUUCUAGGUUUAACUUAAAUUGUAAAAUAAGUGAACAUAAAUUAAAGCAUAUCUUGGUUUCAAA